AUGUUACUAAAAUAUUUAAUUUGGUUAGAUAUUUUAUGUCUUUAUAAUGAAAGACUUACUAAAGGUUAUAAUUGCGGGACUUAGAUAAAAAUAGGGAACAUUCGACGUAUAGAACCAAAAUACUCCCAACCAAUUCAGGGUUUCCUUAUCAAACUGUGUCGCGUGUGAAUUAGAAUCAUAUAUGUAUAAUACAGAUAAGAGCCGGGUGUGUCAACCUCAUUGUAAGUCCCCUGGCUCGGAAUUACCUGCCAAACAAGCUAAAACAAUCAUUGAGUCAUUCGUCUGCCCCAUACCAGAAUUGUUUUUGUUAAAAUCUUUAUCUGAAAAAGUCUUGAAAAUGCCUCCCUUUUGUUGCGGAGGACGCCGCUGCGCAAAGGACCUAGAGUGGGAAAAACAAAACGAAGACGGACGCGAUUCUGGAAGGGAAACUAUUUAUACUACUAUGCCGGAAUAUGAACGACCAUUGUCCCUCAAGUUCUACGCACGCCACGACUGGCCAUAUUUCAACUGCAAUGACCAAGAGGUGCGUCACAUGCGCGCGAAACUGGAUCCCGAGUCCCUGAAAAACGCCUCAAAAAUGGCCAAGCUCGACGAUGGAGAGGGGCAGAAGUACGAGAUGAAGCAUGCCACACCGCAGCCGAUGACUGUUAACCAGAUUUACGGAUGGUAUUCGGAUCGGGCCCACCGCUAUCUUAAACGGGACCGAGGCACCUUCGUCUUUCCUCACGAAAAUGAUCCAAUGAUUCAGCAGAUUUUGAGGGGCAAGCACCAAACAAACGGUCCUUAAAAUCUCUAAUUUUGUUUUUCUUUGCUUCAAACAAGUUGAAAAAAUUAAAGUCAUCUUAGUUUAAAUAUAGUACUGAUAUUGGCGCAACUAA